AUGGCGGACACAAAGCCAGUGCGCGGCUACAUCGACGGAUGUUUCGACAUCAUGCACUCGGGGCACUACAACGCCAUACGGCAAGCCAAAAGCAUAUGUGACGUUCUUGUGGUGGGCAUCCACUCCGAUCAGGAGAUUGCAGACAACAAGUCAGUCCCGGUCAUGAAGCAAACGGAGCGCUAUGGCCUCCUGGAUCACAUCAAAUGGAUCGACGAGAUCCUCUAUGAGGUCCCCUACUCUCCGGAAAUCGCCACCCUGGAACGUGCCUCCGCCGACUUCUGUAUUCACGGAGACGACAUGCCAGUCAACGCCCAGGGUGUUUGCGCAUACGAUGAAAUGCGCAUUGCAGGACGUCUUCGCAUCAUCAAGCGGACGGAGGGUGUGUCAACCACCGACCUUAUCGGCCGCUUGCUGACUCUGUCGCGGAACCAGCCAGCUGACUUCGGUGGCCAGCAGUCACCGAACAUGGGCUACCGCAUCAGCCCAGAUGCAGCAAUUGAGCAGUGUACCAUGCCUGCGGCGCACGUAGAUUUCUCCGAUUCCGUGCGGGAAGCGCUGCUUGCUGUGGACCAGCUCGGGGAAAGCUACAAAAUCAACGAGGAGGACCUUCGGUCCCUGAAGACAAAGAUCACGGCUGCAGCUGCACCGCAUCCGAGCGGAAGCUUUGUGGAGGGAGGCUCGUCUCCAGCACAACCUGGUGGCUCUCAGCAACGGACCAAGGCUCCAGUGCAGCUUUUGGCCAGCACCCGGCGCAUCCGAGAGUUUUCCACAGCGAGACAGCCAACUUCGGAGGACAGAGUCAUCUAUGCGUGUGGCUCUUUCGACAUGUUUCACGUCGGCCACGCCGAGUUCCUGAAGGAGGCCCGUGCUCUCGGCACUUUCCUUUUGGUCGGCAUCUAUGACGAUGCAAGCAUAAGCCGAGCUCGGGGACAAAACCUUCCUGUGAUGAACUUGAACGAGCGCGUUCUGAACGUUUGUGCCUGCAAAUGGGUCGACGAAGUCAUCAUUGGAGCGCCCAGGCACAUUACGGAGGACCUCAUCAAGACCUGGGACAUUCACGUUGUGGCUCGUGGCUCGGGUCACAUGCGAAUCACUGGCUCUUCUCAGAGCGAGCGCUUCGAGGUGGCCCAGAACAAGGGCAUCUUCCGUGAGAUCCCCUCGAAGUGGCCGGAGCUUUGUCAUGACACCGUGGUGGAGCGCAUCAUCCACGGUCGGGAAACGUAUUUGGCGCGAAACAAGGACCGCGCUAAGCGCGAGGAUGUGUACUACGAGACGAAGAAGCCCAGCAAUUCUCCGGCUGAAGCCUGA